UACAGAUUGGUAGUUUUUAUGAUAAUGGAUACUAGACAAGCCAGAAAAAGAAGAUGGACUCCGUCACCAGAAAAAAGGACAGCAAGGACAAGUUUGGACUUUACAGAGAAUACACCACCACCACUUAAGAGGGUUAGAGAAUCAUCUACAGAAAGUGAUGAUGAAUCAAAGUUUACAGUCAAAUCAUUUUAUGGUGGACGGGAAAAGAAGAGCUUCCCACAUUCCCCAGGAAGACGCAAGGCGGCAACUAAGGUUUUGAGCAAGUUGGAAGGAGAAGAGGAAGAAGAAUUUCUAACACUCAGAAAAAAUGUGCCAGGGAAGAUCUUAAAAACAAGCAGUAAAGUGAAGAAAGAUGUCUUCAAAUUGUCUAGUACGAGCUCAGAUUCAGAACCUAUUGAAGUCCUUAAAGAUAGAACAAGAAAUAAUAGGUUGAAUAAAAUUUCACCAAAAUCAAGUGGAAAGAAAGCUGUACCCAGAAGUGGUAAGAAGUCAUCACCAAAAUCUGCGAAGAAAGUGUCCACUGCCAGUACCAAAAAAGUGACAGCUACCAACAAGAAAGAGUCAAAAACUCCUGUAACACCUGUGCCUGUUCAGAAUAUUAUUAAUGAGCAGAUCCCAGGACGAAAGUUUUUUAAGUCUAAAAGUCCUGCAUCAGCAUCAAAAGCCAUGGGAAGUGUCAUCAUUAGUAAAGGAUUUAACUUGAAAUUUCUUCCAAAGAGAAGAAGUUUAUCCAGUCUUCCUAAACUGAGUCCUUCAAAUAUUAUUAUGAACAAAAGUAAAGUUACAGAAGUGUUUGAUGACUCACCACAAAGAAGAACCAACCAAGUCAAAGAGUCUAUCAAGGAUUCUUUGACAGAGGAUGGCAGUAGUUUAGAUUCUGGAUUUGACGGAAAACUGUCUGAGCCUCCUAGUCAGUGCACCCCAAAAAAGUUAAUGCAAAUAAAAACACAAAGUCCAUCAAGGAGCCCAAGAAAUAGAUCAGUGUCUAACAAAUCACCUGGAAAAAUUGUGAACAAAAGUUUAAGUCAGACACAACAAGACAGUGACAUUGCUUCAUUAGAUGGGUCAGCUGAUUUGCUCAAAGACAGUACCAAAACAGAUGAUAUUUCUGAAACAGGAAGUGAGAUUUCUGGACCCUCUGUCAGAAGAAACAAUAAUUUUUUCUCUAUAUUUAAUGGUACACCAAACACUUCACCAAUAGUUAAAGCUGGGCCAAAUAAAUCGCUGAGAAGAAUGUCACCAAGACAAUCACCCAGAAUUAGAACCAGAAUGGAUAAAGAAAGUAGAGAACAAAUGGUUGUGGAUGCUGGACAGAAGAAGUUUGGAGCAGUACAGUGUGAAGUUUGUGGAAUGGUAUACAGACAUGCAGAUCCAGGUGAUGAAUCAACACAUGAAAAGUUUCAUCAAGAUCUCCUUAAUGUCUUAAAGUUCCCUGGUUGGAAGAAAGAAAGAGUUGUACAAGAAUUCGCAGAAGAUUGUAGUAGGAUUGUAAUGGUGGUACAUGAUGAUCCAAAGUAUGCUGUUAAGAAAAUUGAAGAUAUCAACAACAUAAUGGGAAAAGAAAUGGGGUUUCCUGAAGCCUCUCUAGCCUCCAAGUCAAAAUAUAAGGCAUUCUUGUUUAUAUCAGAAGACAAGAAAGUUGAUGGGUGUUGUAUUGCUGAACCAGUUACACAGGGUUACAGAGUGAUCCCUGAGAGUCAACCUUCCCAAUCAGACAUCCCUCAGCCUGGACACAGACCAUGGUAUUGUAAUUCUGAUCCUGAACCAGCUGCUGUUGGAAUCAGUAGGAUCUGGGUAUUUGGACAACAAAGACGGAGAGGAAUAGCUUCCAAAUUGUUAGAUGCUGUUAGACAAUGGUUUCAGUAUGGUGCAUAUAUUGAGAAGAGUCAAGUUGCAUUUUCUGAUCCAACAGGUGAUGGAAAAAUGUUUGCCAGUAAAUAUACAGGAAUGACAGACUUCUUGGUUUAUAAGUAUGGAUAAUCUGGUACAGAUUAUUAGAGACGAUUACACUUUGAUUAUACAAGAAACAGUCAACUGUAGUCACUUUAUACAGGGAAAAUUUGAAUGAAAUAACAAUAGAGACUAUCAAUAUAUUGUUUCUAGUCUAUAACCAUGUAUGUAGAGUAGUUUUACUGUGAUCUUUAUAAAUUGUUAAGCAUGAUAAGUUUUAACAUUGGAGAUUAUUGUAUUUAUGUUAUAUUGAUUAAUACAAGUAUCAAUGCUGCAAAGACAAAAUGAAAGAGGAGGUGUGCCAAGUGCCCAAUUUUGCUUAGAAAAUUAUAGUAUUCCUGAUUUUUUAGUAAUUAUUAUUGAUAAGUAUGUGUAAAGAUUAAAUUGUAAGAUCUUGAUGAUUAUUCCUGGCGAUUUGACUGUUAAAAGAUAGCAUAAUUCAAAUUUUUUACCAAAAAUUAUAAAAUUUGCAUAUUUUCACAGAUAUUUGUGAGUGGGUAAUAUUAAGUUUUCUGAAUGUUUUAUUCAGAUUUAGUACUUGAAUGAUGCAUCACCAAUGUUUGGUAUACUAUUUUAUCAGUAAUUUGUACAUAUUUCCUUUGUUGUGUACUCCCUGAUAAUGUCAGUAUCAGUGGACAGGUGAUAAAAACAAUUUGUGGUAUACUGGUGUAUUAACAUACAUGCACUUCAGUUUCAGGGAGAUGAGUCCUCCAAGUCAUGCUUCAGUGGUUCUGGAAUUUUGAUAUUGUUCAAAGUUAAGUUCUCUGGUAAGGUAUAUGUAUAGUACUUUAUACACAAUGUAUACGAGACCUUUGAUAUUUGGUAUGCAGUUGCAUUAACAUCCUUUAAUUUGGCUUUUUAGGACAGCACCCCUCAAUUGGGAAAUUUUUAAGCUUUCAAUAGAUAUAGGAAGAUGUGGUAUGAGUGCCAAUGAGACAACUCUCCAUCCAAGUAACAAUUUAUAAAAGUAAACCAUUAUAGGUCAAGGUACAGCCUUCAACACAGAGCCUUGGCUCACACCGAACAGCAAGCUAUAAAGAGCCCCAAAAAUAGCUAGUGUAAAACCAUUCAAAUGGGAAAACCAACGGUCUAAUCUAUUUAAAAAGCCUACAUUUCUUCUUAGAUAUUUAUAAAAGGUUUUAAAGAACCAAGGCAAAUUUUAAAAAAAAUCAAGUUAUUGGCCUUGGACAGAUGAAAUAUUUGCAACACUGAAACUCUGUUAUUUUAUCUUUUUUUUUCAAAUACUUGUAAUUUACCAUUGGUAUUUUAAAUGUGAUUAUUUUGAAAUCUGAUCACUUGUAUAUUAUUUCUUAUAUAUUGUGAGGUCUAUAUCUUUUUAGUCAUGAAAUAAUAAAUUUGAUGUAAUAAUG